GCCCGGAAGUUAUUGCACAGUCGCUUCCGGGGUGGUGUAAGUAGGAGUAUUCCGAAUGGGUCGUAGCCGCAGCCGCUCGCCGCGGAGAGAGCGAAGGCGGUCCCGGUCCACAUCCCGAGAGAGGGAACGCAGACGCAGAGAAAGGUCCAGGUCCCGGGAGAGAGAUCGAAGGAGGAGCCGCUCUCGAUCACCGCACAGACGACGCUCCAGAUCACCAAGACGACAUAGAUCUACAUCCCCUUCCCCUUCUCGACUGAAAGAAAGAAGAGAUGAGGAAAAGAAAGAAACAAAAGAAACAAAGAGCAAAGAACGUCAGAUUACUGAGGAGGACUUAGAGGGCAAAACAGAGGAAGAAAUAGAAAUGAUGAAGUUAAUGGGGUUUGCCUCCUUUGAUUCCACAAAAGGGAAGAAGGUGGAUGGCUCUGUAAAUGCCUAUGCCAUAAACGUGUCUCAGAAGAGGAAGUACAGGCAGUACAUGAAUCGAAAAGGUGGAUUCAACAGACCUUUGGACUUCAUUGCAUGAGAAUUGAAAUGUUGAAGAAUGAUUUUUUUCCUCAUCUUGGUCAAAAGAGUGUAUUUUGUAUUUAAUAUGCGUCAAAAACAGGAUCUCAGUUCUUCCUUCUUAUAAAGUAAGAAAAUCUUAUUUAUAAAUUGUGUAGUUCAUUUACCCUGCCUCAAAAAAGAAAGGUUAAAUAUUACAUUUUUUUUCUUUUAGGAAAUAUCAUUUGGGGCAGUGAUCAACCCCAUUUUUUUUCCUUAUUCCUGUGGAAGCUGUAUAUGUUUUCUUCUUGAAUGCUUGUAGGACUUUUUAAAAAGCAUAAAAGUAAUUUGGAUGUAAGUUUCCCCAAUAAAGCAAUAUUUCUAUCCUUUUGUAUUUGAUAUAUAUUUUUAUUGCUAGCUAAAAGAAUCUCCCUAGACAUUUUCUUUUUUAAUACAUAGAUUUAAAUAUCUUGAUUCUUAGUAGUUUAAAAACUGGAAGAAUGAAAAAAUAUAACUUUGGAUUUCUGAAUCUAUGUUUUUUUUUUUUUUCCUCUCCCCAAAUACCGUUCGUUGUUUUCCCCCCAAUUAUGAAAGCAAUACAUGC